AUGUUGACGCAGAGCUUGGAGAAUCCCAGAGCAAGUGGGAGGAUGUUGACACCGCCACACUCUCCUUGCAAGGCCCUUGAGGAAAAACAGAACAUGUGUGCUGAGAAGAGUCUCAGUCGUUUUGGGAAUGUGUCUGCAUCCAGUGUCAGCCAGAGUGCGAGGGUUGAGGGGACUACCCAGCCGCCUGCCGUUUCCUCGGGAGCACCUCUGGGAGCAAAUGCAUCGGCACUCCCCCUGGGAACUCCAAGUGGUGACCAUCAUGAUAGACAGGACGAAUCGCUUGGGGCUGACACGGCAAGCGUCAGUGACAGCCAGCCAAUUGUGUCGUCGUCAAGUGCAACCAUGGCAACCAAUGUGAGUACAGACAAGUCACGCACAAUCAAGGUGUCCUUUCCGGUCUCUUUGUCGUCUGUACCUACGUUACCGUUUACGGCGGAGCUCUUGUCAAAAGUUCACCCGGUUGCCAUGGCAACCGCCAAAACCAUGGCAACACCGCUGAACAUUGGUCAUCAGUCUGCAGGGAGUAACCAACCAAGUGGCAUUGCUCAGUCUGGCAUGCAGCAGGCACCGGUAUCUACGUCGGCAGCUUCGGCAAGAAACGUAAUCACUACCCCUAACCGUAGUUCAAGUGGGGUCAGCGUACCACUCAGAGCAUUGUCGGCCACGACCAUACUCGUGCAGUCAGCCCAGACGCAACGAACUCCUGCAGUGCAGCCUCCUCGUGGGACGCAACCAACUCCAGCUGUGCAGCCUCGUGCAGUUGCAAGUCAUACUCUCUCGGCUUCUACACCUGCAUUUGUGCCGGGAUCAGGAAAUUUGUACGUUCCACCGCCGACCCAUUCUGGACAUCCAUUCUCAUUUGGAACACCACCGGGUUUCUUGUCGGCACCCGACUUCCCGACGCACGCCUUGCCGAAUCAGUCUGGAAUAAUGUCUACCCCACCAGCGACCCAACCGGUCAUGCAACAAAUACCAGUUGGUCAGCCAGGUCACGCGUCACACCGUGAAGAUUAUGGUCUUGUGCAGCCGAGCAGUCUUCCAGUUGCCAUGACAUCGCCGAGUGGUCUACCAGUGCAAGCGAGUAGUUCUGGUAGAAUCGAAUUGUACCGACAUUUAGAGAAAGUGUCAAUUCCAACGUUCAAGGGCGACAAGCGGCAAUAUGAGACGUGGAAGGCGGCGUUUGAGAUGUGCAUUGGCUGCGCUAACAUUCCGGAUGGGCUGAAGUUAUUGCAGCUCCGAAAAUACCUCGCGGGCGAUGCACUACGGUCUAUCGACACUCUUGGCUACUCGGCCGAGGCGUAUGAGGCAGCACGACGUAGGCUGGAACGCAAGUUCGGUGGUCAGCGACGUCUAGUUGCAGUGCAUCUAGAAGCCCUUGAGAAGUUCCCAGCGAUGAGAUCUGCAAACGCCCAGGAGUUGGAGCGUUUUGCGGAGCUACUCGAUGUCGCUGUGGUGAAUUUGAAGGCGAGUGGUCAGACACAGGAGUUGGCUAACGGGACAUUUUAUGUCCGGCUAACACAGAAGCUGGGGGUGUCUCUUCUGCUGAGCUACCAGAAGUGGAUACACCAGACAAGCACCUCUGAAUCUGUCGAAGCGCUUCUGCAAUGGGUGGAGCUGGAAAGCGAGUUCCAAGUACGAGCCCAGGAGACGAUCCAAGGUAUCUCCACGGCAACUCCAGUAGGGUCCACUCAAACAGCAAAGAGUCACCCGCUGAAGGGCCAGGCCAGUCAUGGUGGAGUGAAGCAUCAGGCAUUCUUCGCUGACAAGCCCAAGAAGGCCCAGAGCAGCAGCAGUUGCCCGAUCUGCACGAAGAUCCAUCCCGUUUGGAAAUGCCUAGAGUAUCGGAAGCUGUCAAUUGCAGAGCGUUGGCAGAAGGCCCGGACGCUCAAGCUUUGCUACCGUUGCCUUAACUCUGGUCAUUUGGGAAAUAACUGUCCCAGGUCGCAGCCCUGUGGUGCCGACGGUUGUACAGAGACCCACAACGCGUUGCUGCACGGAAAGUCUAGUGCUACUACAGACUCGAAUGGAGCCUCACAGAAGCCAGUGCUCCAGUCUAGCGCCUCCACGGAGGGGGGUGACACCAGUUCCAUGGCCACACAUAUGAGUAGUGUCGGCGUUAGAGCUGUCGCACUGCGAACCGUUCCCGUCAUACUUCGCCACGGCGACAAGAAUGUCAAGGUCAACGCGCUGCUGGACGACGGCAGCACGCAAUCUUACCUUAAUUGCGACGUUGCGGCACAGCUAGAGCUUAGCGCUCCCACACAAGAAGUGUCAGUGAGCACACUGAACGGCCGCAUCGAGACCCUAGAGACCAUGCCAGUCGACUGCCACAUCGAGAGUCUGGAUGGCAGAUUUAUCACACAGUUCUCUGCUCUGACUGCCAAGAAUGUCACCGGUAACCUUACACCUCAUGAUUGGUCGGUAGAUCAGACACGGUAUCCGCACCUCAACGGCAUCGAGUUUCCGCAAUGCCAGAAGAAGCGAGUAGAGGCGCUGAUCGGCCUUGACCACGCUAGUCUCCACAGGUGCAUGGAGGAAGUCUAUGGUGAGGCUCAUGAGCCAUUCGCACGCAGAACGCCACUCGGGUGGACAUGCGUUGGCAGGAGCACCAGACCGCAACAGACGACAAAUUUCACCCGCACGUACUUCGGAAAGGACGUCGACCUGAAUGCACUGGUGAGAAGGAUGUGGGAGGUGGAGGAACUUCCCCAGUCGUACGAAUUCUGUGCAGAUGAUCAAGCCGUUUUUGAUCAGACGGUCCAGUCGAUGACCUACAAGAACGGAAGAUACCAGGUUUCGGAGCCGUGGAUCAAGAGACCACCUCCGGACAACUACAGUCGAGAAACUGCAAUGAAGCGGCUCAUCGCAGCAGAGAGACGCCUGGCGAAGGAGCCAGACGUCGCUGAGGAAUACCGAACCGUGAUUCGCCGUCACUUAGAACAAGGGUAUAUCAGCAAGAUCAGCAACGCAAGUGAUGGCGACGGCUGGUAUCUGCCGCACUUUGCUGUUGUACGACCUGGGGCUACAUCCACAAAGGUGCGUGUGGUCUUUGAUGCAGCAGCAAAGACGAAAGGCAAGUGUCUGAAUGACUACAUCAGCACUGGGCCCAAACUACAACGGGACCUCACAGACGUUCUCCUGCGGUUUCGGCGACACCCAAACGCACUGGUAGCCGACGUGGCAGAGAUGUAUCUACAAAUCGAGUUGGAAGAGGAUGACCGACAGUUCCAUCGAUUUCUUUGGCGAGAAGAUACGGAGGACCAACCGGCCGUUUACCAGUACAAUAGAGUGGUGUUCGGGAUCAAUGCAUCUCCAUUCUUAGCUCAACUGGUCUCGCAAGAGCAUGCGCGGCGGAACCAGGAGGAGUUUCCUACGGCAGCAGAAACCGUGUUGAAGUCCACGUACAUGGACGAUUCAAUGGACUCGACAAAGUCAACAGAGCUAGCGAUUCAGCUGUACCACGAGCUUACGGCGCUGUGGGGUCUCGCUGGAAUGCAUGUGCGAAAAUGGAUUUCCAACAAUGUUGAGGUGCUCGCCGAAGUCCCCGAGGAGGACCGAGCCAAGGAAGUGGACCUCGCUAAUGGAAUCCUGCCGACGACCAAGACUCUCGGAGUUAAGUGGCGAGCAGAGGAAGACGAGUUCCUGAUUCAUGUCAAGCCGCCAUCAGACAUUGUCACCAAGAGAGCGUUCUUGAAGAACCAAGCCACAUUGUUUGAUCCGAUCGGAUUCGUACUGCCAUUCACCAUAGUUGGUUGGAUGUUGUUCCAGAAGAUGUGGCUAGCAGGUGCUGACUGGGACGUCUCUCUGCUGCCAGAGCUAGGCGCAGAGGCGCAAAAGUGGUGUGCCGACAUGGAUGCACUCCAGGAUGUCCGAGUUCACCGGUGUAUUCAACGUGAUGAAGACGUGGUGGAGACUCAGCUACAUGUAUUCUGCGAUGCCUCGCAAGAUGCAUAUGGAGCAGUCGCUUAUCUCUGUCAUGUGUACCAGGAUGGUACGAGGUCCAGUCGAUUCGUCAUGGCUCGAGCCAAAGUGGCGCCGUUAUCAGCUGUUAGCAUCCCCCGACUCGAGCUAAUGAGAGCAGUCAUCGGAUGUCGUCUUGGUGUGUCCGUAGCCAAGACACUCGCCAUCGCAAUGGAGAAUGUCAUGUUCUGGAGUGACAGCAUGGAUGUCCAAGUGGUGGAAAGAGUACCCGGAUCUCAGUGUUGGUGA